ACAAAGACAUUUCAUCUGCUUGAGAUCCUUAUUUCAACGUCCAUUAGGACUCAUCUUGGAAUAUUGACAGAAUUUCCAUUACACUAUCUAUCUAUCUAUUUCCAGCUGUCUCCUGAUGGUUUCCAGCGCGUCUCCGCAGCGCAUCUUUCAAAGUGCGCCACCUCCAGCAGGUUGGAGCGCAACAACAACGUUUCCUCCGCAGAAAACAGCAGCAGCAUCAGGAGACAGCAGACCGACUGCUCCUCCUUAAUGAUCUCCACUGAGCUGCUGGUGAGACCCGACAGAAACCUGCUCCUCCAAAUGCGCCAAUGAUCCGGAUGCUCGUCCGUGUGCGUUGCUAUGAGCGACGUUUGAAAGCAUCUUCUGUGAUUAGUCGCUUUAUUGUCAGCAGCUAAAAGGACGUCUGCUCUGCUCUUUACGUAAUCCUUCUUUUUUUUUGUGUGCGUAAUGUUGCACUGGGUAUUUGGAUGCCGCGUGGAUUAUUUUGGUGAGGAUCUUCUCUAGUGCUCUCCUCCUCUUCCUCCUCCUCUUCAUCCUCCUCCUCUUCCUCCUCCUCUUCCUCAUCGCAUCCGCUGUUGUCCUCAUCGGCAGCAGACACACACAGACUCAUUCAGACUGGGGACUAUUUGUCUGGAGCGUCGUUGUAAUUGUAAACAGACUUGGAGCUUGUGUUUUUAAUGAAACAUCCCGGUUGAAGGUUGAAGGUUGAAGCCUUCCAAUCAGCAAUGCCUGGGAAUCCUCCAGCUGCUCUUCCGUGCUCUUCUCUGAGAAUGGGAUCGUAGUAAACCUCUCUGGGAUUUAGAUCAACUGCCAGCAUGUUGCAGCCCUCCACCGGAGCAGGUGACGGCCUGUUGAACACGUUACCUCACUGGAGUAAGCGUCCGAAAUGGGUCCUCCCCUUCUCCCUCUGCGUGGCUCUCCUCUGGCUUCCAGGGGCAGCGGCGUCUACACUAAACUGCCACAAGACGUGCAUCUGCGCCUCCAACAUCGUGAGCUGCUCCAAGAUGAACCUGACCGUCGUCCCGUCGCGUCUGCCGCUCUACACCGCCGUGCUGGAUCUCAGCUACAAUGAGAUAGAGCGGCUGCGGUCCGAGUGGACCCCGGUCAAACUCACGAAGCUCCAUAACCUCCUCCUCAGCCAUAAUGGUCUCAGCUUCCUGUCUUCGGAAGCGUUCCUCAAUGUGAAGCACCUGCGUUACUUGGACCUGUCCUCCAACAACUUGCAACUGCUGGAUGAGUUGGUCUUCGACCCUUUGGUCAACCUGGAGGUCCUCUUGCUGUACAAUAACCAAAUUUCCCAGAUUGAGCGCUCAGCCUUUCUCUGCAUGGUCAACCUUCAGAAGCUCUACCUUAGCCAGAACCACAUUUCCCGCUUCCCCCUGGAGCUGGUCAAGGACAAGUCCCGCCUGGAGAAACUCAGCCUCCUGGAUGUGUCCUCCAACAAGAUCAAGAUGUUACCCAUCGAUGAGCUGCAGGCGCUGCCUGCGUGGUUAAAAAAUGGUCUCUACUUCCACAAUAACCCUCUGCUGUGCCACUGUGAUCUCUACACGCUCCUCGCCCACUGGUACAUUCGAAAGCUCAACUCCGCCGUGGACUUCAGAGACGACUACACGUGCAUUCUGCCCGGCCCACAAAAAACCAAAGUGGGUGUUUUUGAUCUCAGCGGUGACAACAUGAACUGCAGCACAUUCAAGGAGGAAGAUGAAGAAGCUUUUCUGGAUCAGAGGCUGAUCCUUGGCUGUGACACCAAACACAGGAACAUGUUAAAGACCUGGACGAUGCCCGGUAACGUGCCGGUGACGCCUGGAAGCAACCAGACCGCCAAAGUCUUGCAAGAUGGAAGUCUGCAGAUUAGUCCGGUGAGGACUGAGGACUCUGGGACCUACACCUGCUUCGCGACGAGCGAGGCCUUCAAUGAGACGAUCUACGUGGUGCUGAAGGUUCACAACUUCACCAUGAACGGCGGGGGGGACAGCCUGAACACAGCGUACACCACCUUGGUGGGCUGUCUGGCCAGCGUGGUGCUGGUGCUCAUGUAUCUUUACUUGACGCCGUGUCGCUGCUUCUGCUGCCCCAGAGGCAAGGCUCGGGGCGAGGACAGCAUCCACUCGUCCAUGCUCAGCGUGACACCGACCCACGAGGACCCGGCGCUCAAAGCCGAGUUGAACAGGCACGUGGCGUUCAUAGACUCUAAGGACUUGCAGGGCCAGAACGGCAAGCUGAACCCCAACGGGGACGAGGACGAUCUGGACGCAGAGGCCGGCUCUCUCUUGAAGGGGAAGAGGAAGAAGUCAGUAGCAGAGUCCAUCAGCUCCGUCUUCUCAGACACUCCCAUGGUGGUCUGAGACUGGCAAAGACCACGCGACUGGAUGUAAGCGGUACAACGUGAGCCAUGUUUUAGUUAAACUGUGACUGUGACUUUGUGGGAGGAAACGGAGGAAGGAUGUUCAUCUGUAGCUGCUGGCGGGUGGAAAUAAGGAUCUCAAAGGGAGUAAAAAAAACUGUCUUGUUGCCGACAAGGACAAUAAGCAGGACUUUUUCCAGCAUUUUAAUCUGUAGCACUUAAUAUUCAUACUGUGAAGGAACGGCAGCGGAAACUACUGAAGUCUUAUGAGAGCAAAACGUAGAUGAUAUAUUGUUGAUAUCAGCACUCAGGAAGUGAUCCAUUAAAAUGCUUAAGCGUGGGAAAUACACAGGUUGAAAUUAGAUUUGAAAAAAACGUAGUAUAUAUUGAAACCAUGGCUGGCUCAUAAUUAUAUUUAUUACAAGGACUAGAAUAGAUCCCAUCUGACCUAAACAUUAGAUACCCCUCCUCUAUCAACACAGGGACUUAGAUAGACAAGCCGCCGUCACCGGGCUAUGAUUACAUCUGUCAUUAACCUUUAGUCAUCUAUAGAGAAACAGCAUGCCAUAAACCCACAUCAUACGAGGCUGAAGGAGAAAAUGUGCAUUCAUCAGACGUUUAGUCAUUUAUAUUGAGAAAGCAGUAGCACAUUAUAUUAUAUAAAGAGGCCAUCGCAGGUAAUUUCCAUCCUACUUCAUACUUAGUUGCGCUCAGAUAUAGAUAAUCAGACUGAUCUUUAUUCAUAUUCAUAGUCAUAUGUGUAGCGAUGUAGGCGAAAGCUAUGUUAAGGGAUCGAUUUAAGUAGAUGGUAUAAAAUAGUUAACCAACUCGAGGCAGAUUAUUGCUUAUGAAUUAACUGUAUAUCAAAUUAGUUGCCUCUUAGUUAUUGCACAUCUACAGUAUAACCCAAAAGAAGCUUUAUGCAAUUAAAAACAUGGGACGCCUCUAGCAGAUAUACACGUAAUAGAUGCAGGGAAUUAUUUCGUCUUGACUGAUUAUCAACAUAGUGUCUCAAUUCUGUAUAUGGACAAGGACUAUGGUCCUUAAAAAGGAGUAAUACGAGCUUCACUCUUCCUCUUGGCCAAGUUAUAGCCUUUGUUUUUCUCAGUGACAUUAACAGGAAGUUAAUUACCAAGUUAAAAACUGCCAGCUUGAGGUUAUUUUAAUUCCUGUACGUAAAAUGUGCACACAAUCCAGAAUAUUUUGAUGUACAUUGCUAAAAGAAACAUAAACCCUGGUGCAUUCAUAUGUCAAAAA